AUGCCAGCUUCAGUCACUACCGCCACCGUCACACCGACCACCGCCAGCAAGAGAAGUGGGAAGAGCGCAGCAGAGAAGAGGGGAGACGAGCAGGCUCCACCCUCCCAGGACAGCAGCCAUAAUGGCAGCAGCCGUAAUGGCCAGGAUGACUUCUUCUGGACGUACACAGAAGAGCCGCAUAGGACGAGGAGGCAGGCAAUCAUCAAGGCACAUCCAGAGGUGGGUACGUCGAGAGUCUGCUGAGGGACAAUGCUGAAGCAAGGAUACAGGUCCUCAAGCUCUGCGGGCCAGAGCCAUUGACCAUUCCACUUGUACUGGCAGUCGUCGGACUACAGCUCCUCUGCUCAUACCUGCUGCGGGAUACGCCCGUGCUAUCAUGGCCCUUCUUGCUCACGGCAUACGUGAUUGGAGCGACUGCGAACCAGAACCUGUUCCUCGCCAUUCACGAGAUCUCACACAACUUGGCAUUCAAAUCACCCCUCGCCAACAGACUCUUUGCGAUCGUGGCUAACCUGCCAAUUGGCAUCCCAUACUCUGCCUCUUUCCGGCCAUACCAUCUCACCCACCACAAAUCUCUCGGCGUGGAUGGCCUAGACACCGAUCUGCCGACCGCACUUGAAGCGUGGUUCUUGGACUCCGUGGCCGGCAAGGCUUUCUUUGCGACCUUCCAAAUCUUCUUCUACGCCCUGAGACCAAUGAUGGUCUACAAACUUCCACUCACGGGCAUCCACGCCUUCAAUAUCGCUGCACAGCUUGCUUUCGACUACAUCGUUGUCAGCGCUUUUGGAGCACGGGCCCUCGGCUACUUUAUCCUGAGCUCCUUCUUGGCGGGCUCGUUGCACCCAUGUGCAGGACACUUCAUUGCCGAGCACUACGUCUUCUCGCAACACAGUCGGUCUUCAGAGGCUGCAUCAUCCAGCUCUGCUAAGUUGGCCCCACCGCCGGAGACCUACUCGUACUAUGGCAUGUUGAACGUCUUCACGUACAAUGUUGGCCUACACAACGAGCAUCACGACUUCCCAGCCAUCCCAUGGACCCGUCUGUGGAAGCUCAACCAAAUCGCGAACGAGUUCUACCGGGACCUGCCAUGCCACCACAGCUGGGUUAGCGUCAUCUGGCAGUUCAUUCUGGACAAAGAAGUCGGUCUGUGGUGCAGAGUGAAGAGGAAAGAAGGCGGUCGCAAAGUUGGCGGUUUCGACGACGGAAAGCCGAAGCACAGCCAACCUGUAGAUAUCGUGGGUUAG